AGCUGCAGCAAGACAACCCGACUUCGUCCUUGUCGUUACCAUUACCAUCACCAUCACCACCAGUACUACCACCACACAUCCUUCUCCGCAGAAUCGUGAUCAUCCCCUUUUUUUUAAUUUAGAAUACCCUCCGGAUCACGACUUCUCAUCCCAUCCUCACAUCUAGACCUAUCGGAUCACGCGUAGGCGUCACUACCGCGACCAUGACGAGCACACCGGCUUACAGUCCGCCUCUGGACCCGGCCGAGCAGCCGAUCUUGGAAAACGUCCUCGCGAUCCGUGAUCAUCUCUCCAUCAUGAAGCAAGACCGUUCGACCUAUGUCAAAAGCGGAGAUGUCGUCACGUGGUAUUUCAAGCUGAUCGAAGAGGUUGAGCAACUGAACCGCGUCCGGGAGAACAGGCGUUACGAGCAGAACAGACUGGAUACUGUCCUGGACGACUGCUUCCAGCUCAUUUCCCUUUUCUUCCUCACAAUCGGACGGAACUCAGAAGCCCCUGCGAUAUACUCCGCCGUCUCCACGGUCAAGAGAAUAUUGGAUCAUCUCAAAGAAGCCGCCCAUUACUCCCCGAAAGAUUUGAAGGGCCUCUCGGGUCAGAUCGAACUGUGGCAAAAAUCAAUCGACAGAGCCAAAGAGGCACAUUCGGAUGCAUUGCUCACGUUACUCCAAGCGCGCAUCGACGUGUGCAAGGCCCAACUAAAAGAAUUGAACGACGCCUUAUCGACCAUGGAUGAACCGACCAUGGCCCAGUGGGACAAAUUGGUCUCCAUCUUACGGUUGUUGUCUGCUUGUAAUUGUCGGUCAAAGUACCCGGAAGAAGAAGUCAAAGAAUAUCAUGAACAACUCCUCGAGAUGCAGCGAGAGCUCAAUGCCGAGUUGGACCUUCAUCCUGGCAAGACUGCGGAAGAGACCUACGCAGAGCGAAUCUCAACCAUCACUCUCGCCAUGCAAGCCGGCCAAGACGGCCGAACCGUCGUCAACGGUCUACUAGCGCGAUGUCUUCUCUGGGUGGAGAUUGUCGAGGAAAAGAGAGGUCACAUCGACGAACGCUUCCAAGACACCUUUGACAAACUCGUCAAGAUCCGCAACGCCCUCGACCAGAUGAACCUCACCCACGCCUGGUCGCUCCGCGAGACCGACCUCUACAGCUACCAACGCGAACUCGACGCCAUCGACGCCUCGCGGGUCAACGGCGAAUUCGUCGACGUCGAAGGCAAACCGGCCGACCUGCACGCCCAGCGCACCCUCCUCUACCUGCUGCGGAAAUCCUACGCCUUCAUCUACCAGUAUAUCAUCUCGUCGGAGCCCGUGUCCGAGGCGCUGCUGCCCAUCUACAACCAGCUGCUCACGCUGAAGAAGUGCCUCGUCGAGGUCCAACGCUCCGGCGGCGUCGACAGCCCCCGCGAACUCUACCCCUACAGCAUGAAGCUGACCAGCAUCGACAACAUGCGCAAGGACGGCAAGUUCACCGUCGGCAACGAAAUCCCCGAGGGCCAGGGCAGCGUCUCGGCUUUGCUGGCCGAAUGUUUCGAGCUCGCGUAUGAAUUGCGGAACGAGGCCGAUGAGCGAGCGGCGGCGGCGGAGGGAGGUGCGGAGUCGUGAGGGGACAUUCGCGGAGGCAAGGGCUUUCUCGUGUUUGUCGCUAGCCAGGAAAUGCAUUCGUCGCUGAGGUGUGUCAUGGGAGGACGGCAGGCGCGCAGGAAGAGGGUUGAUACCCGGUGGGAGAACGGGCGCUGCCACGGAAGUUUCUCGCAAAGGCGUUCUCGGGUUAUAGGGUCAAUUCCAAGAAAACCCUCUAUUUACUUCAUACGCUAGGCUGUCUCAUCGAUCUGCAGUAUGGGCAGGAAUUGGAGAAUGUA